AUGUCAUCGAGCAUUUCAAAGAGAAGCAGCAGCUCAAAUGCUGGCUCAAAUGGCAGCAACGGUCGUACAUCCUUGCCUUUAGGAUGGUACGUAUUCUUUGGAAUCGUUGAACCGAUUAGCGUUCUGGCCGGAUGUGUAUAUGCGACAUUCUUUCAAUCAAAUUAUCAUAAUGAAUUGAUUCCAAAAGGAUAUGCACAAAGAGCAAUUGCAGGAAUUGCAGUUCAAGGAGCGAAGAAAUCAGUUUGGAAAGCUGGAACGGCAGCAAAGACUGCAAUCAUAACUUCUACUGCAGGUCAAUUGGAUGCAGCAUCUCAAAUGGCAUUAGCACAAUUAGGAAGUUGUUAUUUUUUGAUCAUGUUAAAUUCAGCUUUAAUGUUUUAUGCUAUCAGACGUUGGUUUUCUCAACAACCCGUUGCGCAAGAAAGAGUAUUGUAUUUCUUAUUCACCGUUUUGGGAUUGGCGGAUUGGACGCAUAUCUUGUUAACCAUUCACUUUUUACCUAACCCUUCUGGUUCGUCAAACGCACUUUUGGCUUUUGCAAGCAAAGUAUGGAUAUUAACGACGGAUAUGCAAGCUUGGAAUUCGUUAUUGUUCGGUAAUAUCGUCAUUACCUUCUUGCUCUUUGUAGCCCGUGCUGCUUGGUGGGUCGGAUUAGGACGUGAUCGCUUCUUUGGCGGUAGUGUUCCUGCUGUACCAUCGGACUCAAAGACAAGGUGA